UCACUCCUAGCAUGAACCCCUUAGACUCUCACCUCUCAUAAGGAAAUGGGCUUCUGGGUCCUUUUAAAAUCCCCACUCCACUCCCCCAGGGCUGUUCUGCAGCUGCUGGAGAGAGAUGCAGAAUGAACGGACUUCAGGUUUCUGGAGGAGGCAAGGGAAGAAAGAUUGGAAACUAACUCUGCCAGAAACUGAUGUUUGGGAUUUUUCUUUUCUUCCCCUUCAUCUCCACCACAAACCCAUCUCUUUCAGGGGCAUCAAGACAUGGGCUCCCCUUGUCUGGCAGAGAAAAAGCUGGAAACGAGCUCCCUGAGACAGGAGGGCUGCUCAUCUUCCUCUGAUCAUACAUUGUAAACGAAGUAACGCAUGCAGAAUAACAGAAUGUGUGGGGAGCAAGUGUGAAAAGCAUAGGCUGUGAUCAACUCUUCACUGUCUACCGGAAUCCAACUGACUCUGAAACUGAGAGGAAGUUUUAUCUCCAUUCGGCUGCCGUGUCUUUCUCUUGAUUGGAGUGCAUUUUGGAAUGACGUCUACAGUGGUACCCAUGCCUUCCAGAGUCAGGGGCCUGCAUCCCAGACACCAUCACUCUAGCUCCUGCAGUCCUUUGAGUCAGCUCUUGCCUGGCUCCGUGGAACCACCGUCCAUUAAGGGCCUUUACUACCGCCGGGCCCGGAAGGUGGGUGCGCUGGACGCCUCCCCGAUGGCCGACCUAAAGAAGGAGAUCCUGGUGAACGUCGGGGGCAGGAGGUACGUCCUUCCCUGGAGCACGCUGGAUGAGUUUCCCCUGAGCCGCCUGAGCAAGCUCAAGUUCUGCAGGAGCCUCGAGGAGAUCACGCAGCUGUGUGACGACUACGAUCAGGACAGCCAGGAGUUCUUCUUCGACAGAAGUCCCAGUGCUUUCGGGAUGAUUGUGAGCUUCCUGGCGGCCGGCAAGCUGGCCCUCCUGCGGGACAUGUGUGUGCUGUCCUUCCAGGAGGAGCUGACCUACUGGGGGAUCGAAGAAGCCAACCUGGAGAAAUGCUGCCUGCGGAAACUGCUGAAGAAGCUGGAGGAGCUGGCCGAGCUGCGCAGGGACGAGGCCCUGCAGCAACAAAGGGAGGCGUGUGGCCCCACUGUGCACGACUCCCGCUGGGGGCUCUUCAUGCACUGGCUGCGGGACAUGGUCGAAAACCCACAGUCGGGGCUGCCCGGGAAGGUCUUUGCCUGUCUGUCCAUUCUUUUCGUGGCCACCACGGCGGUCAGCUUGUGUGUCAGCACCAUGCCCGACCUGAGGGCCGAGGAGGACAAGGGUGAGUGCUCUCAGAAGUGCUACUACAUUUUCAUCGUGGAGACCGUGUGCGUGGCCUGGUUUUCCCUGGAGUUCUGCCUGCGGUUUGUCCAGGCCCGGAACAAGUGCCAGUUCUUCCAAGGGCCCCUGAACAUCAUAGACAUCCUGGCCAUCUCCCCCUACUACGUGUCCCUGGCGGUGCCAGAGGAGCCCCCAGCGGACGGUGAGAAGCCUGGCGGCGGCGGCAGCUCCUACCUGGAGAAGGUGGGGCUGGUGCUGCGCGUGCUGAGGGCUCUGCGCAUCCUGUACGUCAUGCGCCUGGCCCGCCACUCGUUGGGGCUGCAGACGCUGGGCCUCACCGUGCGCCGCUGCACGCGCGAAUUCGGCCUGCUCCUCCUCUUCCUCUGCGUGGCCAUCACCCUCUUCUCUCCUCUGGUCUACGUGGCCGAGAACGAGUCCGGGCGGGUCCUGGAGUUCACGAGCAUCCCGGCCUCCUACUGGUGGGCUAUCAUCUCCAUGACGACAGUGGGCUACGGAGACAUGGUCCCACGCAGUGUGCCGGGCCAGAUGGUGGCCCUCAGCAGCAUCCUGAGUGGGAUCCUCAUCAUGGCCUUCCCAGCCACGUCCAUCUUCCACACCUUCUCUCACUCCUACCUGGAGCUCAAGAAGGAGCAGGAGCAGCUCCAGGCCCGCCUCCACCGCCUGCAAAACGCCACCACCGCCAGUGAACAUGAACUCCUGAAGGAUGUGGAUGACCUGAUCCUGGAGGGACCCACCUCGCCCAUCAAGUACAUUUAAGUCCAAACCUCUCAUGAGUAUGCUGGGACUUCAGCCCAUCGCCCUCGACUGAUUUGGGCUGGAGCACACCAGGCACAGACCAUAUGGUAGUAUGUUUCUAGAGCUCAGGGAGUGCUCCCAAAGCUAGGAGGCGCUCAAGGCCAGAGGCGUAGGUCCUUGUGAUUCUGGACCCUCCUGGCUCUGACAAUCUCCCUUUAGUCUCAUUUCCUUCCCAACAGAGUCUUCAACAUCCCCUCCCAAGCUGGGGUCCCACAGAACCCAGCCUACAGAAUUCCAUUCCUCCCCUAAGCCCCUCUCUCCUGUGCCAUCCCACCACCAGGAACUGGAGGGUCCAGUCACUGCAAACCCAUCUGAUCCGAUCUCCCCAGCCAGCCUUAUCAUGGGUUCCAGCAGGGAUUACUAUGUUCGCCUUCUGUUCACCACCUCUAGUGGUUUUCCUAAUACAGCUGCCGCCCCCCUCCCCACUUCCCGCCCAGCUCUGGAAGCUCUUAGCCAAGAAGGUAGAACUGGCUUCUUUGCGUUCAAGCGCACAGUGGCUGCAAGCCUGCCAUCCCACCUGACUUGCCUGGGACCUGGGCAGGAGUGCCACUUGCCAGCACAGCAGGCCCUGCUUUGCCAACUGGACUCCAGGGGGGACGUUCUCUAAUUAUCCAAUCCUUGGCCUUGACAGAGGCGAACUCUUGCAGGGGGCUCUGCAUUGUCCCUCGAGAGCACCCUGUUCCUGCUGCUGGUUCCUCCAGAAUUGCAAGAACCUUAGUUUUCCACCCUCAGUUUUGGGGGUAGGGCUAGCUCUGUGAUUUUUCUGGCUGGAGUUUCAUGAGGAGCCUCAGGGCUUCUGUGUGGGUGGAGAAUGCUUCACCCCAAAGUGCAACAUUGGCGAGUAAUGAUUUUUAAAAGGAUGUGCAAAUUUCUAGACAGCUUUCCCACUUCUAAUCAGUGCAUGUCCACAGCCCUUUGAACUGAGGUGGCAAGCUUGUCCCGGACGAGGGAAGAGUAUUCGACAGCCAGCAGAAGGCCUGAAACCCACAUCAGAUCCCACAUCGGCCCUGCCUCUUCUAAUUAGAGACCUGUUCUGUGCUGCGUGUCAGGUGCAAUAUCCGCACUCCAGCUCUGCCUAUCACUAGGACUGGCUUCCACCCAGGCAUCUCCAUUUUCCUCUGUUUCACAUACCGGGUAUCUGAACAAAAGCAUGCAGGGACUGAAAGAAAAAUAGGUGAGCCCAACACCAACAUGGCAAGGUUCUAAGUGUCUUAGGACACAUCCAGUGGAAAUUCUUUACUAAAUUAGAAAUGGAAAAUUGGAAUCGAGUGCUCACAUGUAGGACUUAAUUAAAUGCUCUAUUUUUUUUUUUUUCCUCCACAGUAAUGUCCCGGGGGGCUAGUCUAGCUUUGCAGAGUCCUCUUUUCCUUCAUGCUGAUUGGAUGGCAGAGGGAUGACAAGCAAGUUGCUAGACGGUCUCCUCAUCCCCAUUGGCUGGAAGGAAUCUUGUGAGUCCCAGAAGGGCUUGUUUCAUCUGAGGCCAAUGGGUGUGACUGUAGCCAAAGGGAGUAAUUUUCCAGCUGACGUCAAAGAGCAAAUGGCCUUUACUUCAAGCCAUUUUCAUGUUGUAUGGUAGAUACGUCUACCAGAGGUAACUUUAAAAUGUUGGUUCAACAUCUCCUAGUCAGAGUUGAGCCCAAAAAGUGACUUGGAGAGGAAUGGGCUAAUUCUUCAAUACAAUGUAAGUGGGGCUCCAUCCACUGCCUCCCUUUUGAUGAGUUUUAAGACUUGAGAAAUUGGUAACUGGAAGGACCAUCAGAAGACAGUUUAAGCAGGGAGUUUCCCUGAGGGGGUCUGUGACCCCGUGGAGGUUAUGCAUCUGAGAGUGCACAGCUUUGAAAUGGGGUCCAACGAGUUCACCAGAUCCUCGAAGGAAUCCAGAACCCCACAAAAAGGAUAAAAAGUUCUUAAGCAAAUCAACGCCCACAUUUUAAGAUGGAGAGACCAAGGCUCAGAGAGGGAAAGCCACCUGUCCCAGGCCACAAAGCCAGUUCAUUUAGUUAGAUCCAAGUAUCCUGGUUCCCAGCAGAACACUCUUUCUAGUACAUCAGGCUGCAGCUCUUAGGCUCUUCUGAAACAAUGCCCAAACCCUCAAGGAAAAUUUUCAAGACAAGAUGAUAAUAACACUGCAAUGCUAUCCUGAGCAGAGUAAGCAGGAUUGUCUUGGGAUGUCUGGGGCACCAACUCUCGCCGACCCUGCAUUAUAUAACAGUGAACCUAGACAUCGAUUUCACUGGGUCUUCCUUUUCUCAUUGAUCCCAAGGAGAGGGCAGAUGCGAUGUUGGUUAAUGUCCUUCCCAGUGUGGGCAGUCUGUGAUUCUGGAAGUAGAGGUCAUCUCAACAAUUCAUACUACAGAGGCGCAAGGGGCAUGCAAGAAACAAGGAGAGAGGUGAGAAAGCAGAACAGACCGUGGUCCUGACUAUGCACACAAUGGUUCACUUAGCAAAAGUCAGCAAGUAGUUCAAGCUUGACUCGUUCACUGAGAUCUCUGUCCACCAGCUGCCUGCCACAUUCCCACGCACCCCACCCCGACACCGCACCCGCCAGUGCCUGGCGACGUGUCUGUGUAUCUGUACGUGCUCGGCUGCCUGCCCCUCUUCCGCGGCAUCAGACUCCCUGCCUCCUCUUCCUUGUAUUC